AUGGUCAAGACUUCCGUCCUCAAUGAUACGCUCAACGCCAUCAACAACGCCGAGAAGCGCGGCAACCGCCAGGUCAUGAUCAGGCCCAGCUCCAAGGUUAUCGUCAAAUUCUUGCAGGUUAUGCAGAAGCAUGGCUACAUUGGCGAGUUCGAGGAGGUCGACGACCACCGCAACGGCAAGGUCGUAAUUCAGCUCGACGGCCGCCUCAACAAGACUGGUGUCAUCAGCCCUCGCUACAACGUCCAGCUUCGUGAUAUGGAGAAGUGGGUUGUGAAGCUCUUGCCUUCGCGUCAAUUCGGCUACAUCGUCCUCACCACCUCCGCCGGCAUUAUGGACCACGAGGAGGCGAGGAGGAAACACGUCGCCGGCAAGAUCAUUGGUUUCUUCUACUAG